AUGCUGGGUCUUCUGAACAGGAGUAGGCGAUGGCUGCCGGGCGUUCUCGCCGGCAUUGGCUUGGCAAUCCAUGUGGCACCGCUGUGCUAUGGCGACUGGGAAUUCAUUUACUCGUUUGACGAUGGCGCCAACUUUGUUGAGAAUCCCAUGAUCCAAGCGCUGACGCUGCCCAACAUCGUCGCCAUGGCAACCACGGUCAAGAUCAACGUGUACGAGCCCUUGUCGUGGCUGCUCAAAGCGUUCGUACAUGGACUUGUGGGGAUGCAAUCCAAGUACGUUCGUAUGGUGUCGGUACUUGUGCAUUGGACGGCAUGCGGGAUCUUGGGAUGUGCUACCCACCGGCUCCUCGCUCCAUCAUUUCCUGAUCGCGCGUCCGUCGCCAUUGCGGCCAGCCUCUCGGCCAUCCUCUUUGCCAUCCAUCCGGUGCACAUCGAAGUUCUCAUGUGGCCAUCUGCCCAGCCAUAUCCAUUGGCCAUGCUAUUUACAUCCAUCAUGUUCCUCGCCCAUCUCCACAAGCCAUGGUCGAUCGUUGGCACUGUGGCGUAUGUAUGCGCCGUCCUGAGCAAAAGCAUCGCCCUCUUCACACCCGUGGGCCUCGUCCUACUUGAUCUCGUCCGAGGCCACCUCCAGCUUUGUCCUCCAAAGCAUCUCUUGCCGUACCUCCGCAAGAUGAGUGUAUGCUUGGUAUUGUCCAUGGCGUUAGUCGCCACGACAUACGUCGCAAACCAACGUGGUGCUGGAACUGACGUCGAUACCAUUUCGCUUACCAUUCCCCAGCGACUGGCAAAGGUAUUUAUCGUCAGUGUGUGGCCUAUUCAAGCGUGGUUAUGGCCCGUGAACCUUCGGCCCCAUUAUCAAAUUCCCGAUCCGACAGCAUUAACCUUGCCCACGAACCCGAACGUUGUAUUCUCCGUGUUGAUUGUUCUCGUAACUUUGGUCGCAGGACUUACCACUGGCUUGGCAACAACCCCAGCUUCCAACUGGACUUUGCUAGCCUCUACCCUGUACAUGCUGACGAUGGUGCUGCCAGUAUCUGGGCUCGUUCAACACGGCAUGGUGUCUCUAACUGCAGAUCGAUAUUCAUACUUUGCCACGGUGGUGUUCAUACGUGUACCACUGCAAGCCCUACUGUUGCAUCGCGUUGGACAAAGAUGGGCUACGGUUGUGGCUUUGACUGUGUUUGGGUUGUGGGGGAGCCUCUCCACCAAUCAACUGCAAGCGUGGCGGUCCGAAGAGGCGCUGUGGCUCCAUAGUCUCAUACAAGACCCAUCCGACUGGAGAUUGUUAAACCAACUCGCCGAAUAUUACCUCCACCAUGGCCGCAAUGCCGACGCGGUGCCGCUCAUGGAGGAAUCCAUUUGGUUUGGUCCUACAUUAGGAUUCAAAGCCACAUUGUUUCAAGCCAAACAGCGCAUGUUUCUAAACCGCGUCACCGACGGGUGUUCCAUGUACUCUGCGUUAUCCCCCCAGCGGUGCUAA